CGCCACCACACCCCAUCCACCUCACACCUCCUCACUACUCACACAUCAUGGACCAGCUCUUCAACGCCGGCAAGAAGUUCCUCGAGUCGCAGAACCAGGGCGGCCAGCAGCAGCAGGGCAGCUUCGGACAGGACCAGCAGAACUUCGGCGGCAACCAGGACAACUACGGCGGCAACCAGGGCGGCUACGGCGGCGGCAGCGACAACCAGGGCUACGGCGGCGAGGGCCGCCAGCAGCACCACGAGGGCAGCGGCGGCGGCGAGUUUGGCGUGCAGGGCGGCGCCCACCUCAACCGCCCGCAGGGCCAGAGCCAGGGCUCGGGCGGCCUCGACUUUGGCAGCAUCCUCAGCAUGGCGCAGCAGCACGGCGGCGGCGGCCAGAGCAACGGCGGCGGCAACAAUGAGAUGUUCGGCAUGGCCACCAAGUUCCUGCAGUCGCGCUUGAACAACGGCCAGGUGUCGGGCGACGACUUUGAUGAGAACCGCGUGAUGCAGCAGCAUGCACAGGUGAACGACUCCAACUCGUCUGCGCACGCCAACGACGUCGGCGGUGCCGCGGCCGUCGAUGCGCUCAAGAGCAUGUUCGGCAGCGGCGGCGGCCAGCAGCAACAGCAGCAGCAGGGCGGUGGUGACAUGCAGAGCAAGCUCAUCGCGAUGGCCAUGGCUCAGGCCGGCAAGAUGUUCGAGCAGAAGCAGUCCGAGGGCAACGUGUCUGGCGGCAACAAGCAGGACGCGAUGAACAGCGCCGGCGAGAUGGUCAUGAAGAUGAUGAUGAAGCAGCAGAUGGCCGGCAUGAUGGGCGGCGGCAACUCCGGCGGCCUCGGCCAGCUUGCCAAGAUGUUCAUGUGA